AUGCAGACACCCUUACCUGCAUCCCCUGUGAGGACCCCAGUAUUCCCGGAGUCCCAGGGGACUGGUCAGAACUGCGGGGGCUUAGUUCAGGGUCCCAAUGGCACCAUCGAGAGCCCAGGGUUCCCUCACGGCUACCCCAACUAUGCCAACUGCACCUGGAUCAUCAUCACGGGGGAGCGCAAUCGGAUACAGCUGUCCUUCCAUACCUUUGCUCUGGAAGAGGACUUCGAUAUUCUGUCAGUGUAUGAUGGACAGCUCCAACAGGGCAAUCUGAAAGUGAGGUAA